AUGAUAGCAACUCAACAAAAUAUAAUAGAUAAGUUAAUUGAUAUAUGUUGGAAACGAGUAAGAGGAACUUCUGACUUUAUAUUUUUAUCCCAGAUCCGACCUAUUAUCAAUGAAAUUCAAGAUAUAUUGCAGAAAGAUUCACUAUUUAAUGAACGAGAAAAUGAAAUAAUCAAACAAUUUAUACAAAGUGAUCCUAUGAAGAAACUUCAAAAGCAGGAGCUCAAAAAGUUUAUAGACCGAUCUGUUGAGUUUGGGAAUUUUGAAAUAUUUUUGUUCAAUAGACAUAAACUAACGUCAUAUGAAAUUAAACGACGAAUUGAACAAAAUAGCUUACUGAAUGAUUCUAUGACAAAUACUAAAAUACCAAGACUCUUGCCUAAUCGUGAGUAUAAGUACAAAGUUUGGGAUGAGUUGAGACAAAAAGACGAUUAUAUCAAAGAAAAAACACAGGCCCUAGAAUCGAAAGACUUGAAGUAUUCGCUGCUAUUGUCUCAAAUUGAUGAACAAUUGCUUGCAGUAAAGACCCUCAAGGGUGAAAAUCUUACACUUAAAAAGCAUAUACAAGAGCUUGAAUCACAACUAUCGAGGCAACCACCAGUGAACAAAUCAAAUGCUGUUUAUCAUUUGCAAUUGAAAGAACGCGAUUUGACUAUCAAAAAAUUGGACCAAGUUGGUAAAGAGUAUAAAAAACGUAUACAUCAGUUGGAGCAGCAACAACUCGAAACAAGCAAGGCUAUGAAUAAACUUAAACAAAGCAUACUUGAGCAGGAUAAGCUAGUGGGAAGACUAAAGGAAAAGUUGAUCAACAAGACGAAUGAUGAUACAUCUAACCUAAAGAAGUUUGUAACUAGUUUGCCUAUAAUAAAGCAAUGGUACAUUUUGCUUAAAUACAAAAUGGAUAAUAAAAGCACCAAGAUGUUUGCUUUGAAUAUAAUGUUGCUAGUUUUAACUGCUUGGUUAUUUGGAAUGGUUGUACAAAUGACCUAUCGCACAGGAAUAUUGUUGUUCUCUACAUCACCCAGUCCAGCAACCUAUGUUUACGAUAGCUAUGGGAAAAAUAGACUAAACUAUAGACUUGGGUUUGAUGUAUGGCGAAAUAUUCCUUGGCUUGAAAAACUAAUAUAUCAUUAUCUCGAGUGGUAA